AUGAACGAGACACCAGACGUGUGCACAGAGACCAGCCCAGAGUAUGAAAUAGUAUGGAACAAUGGGGAAGUGGACGUUAAUGAAAAAAGCAUAUUUCAGAUCAUUCGAAACAUCCGAGAUCCAGAGCACAGCUACACGCUGGAGGAACUAAGAGUGGUCUCUCUAGACAGAGUUUCCAUUAGAACAACAAGCACGGGCGAAUACGUGCAUGUGGUGGUAAUUCCCACAAUUCCGCACUGCUCAAUGGUUGGGCUGAUUGGUCUCUCUAUUCUGUAUAAGCUAUUUACAGUGCUAAGCAGUAAGUAUAUUGUGCGGGUGGAGGUGGAAAAGGAUAGCCACACAUUAGCAGACGAGGUGACCAAGCAGCUGUCUGACAUAGAGAGAACAUACGCAGCAUUUCUAAACCCAAAUAUUAUAUCUGCAAUAACCCCACUGUUGUAA